UUUAUGUCUGGGUAUAAAGUAUCACAUAAUUUUUAAAACAGAAUGGAUAAAUACGAGGAUUGCAUAAUUACAUACGAAACAAAAAGAGGAUUUGAAAUCAAAUAACCAAACAUUGUUUGUUUGGAAAGGAAAUCUGGACGUAAGUCGGUUUUCACCUAUUUCGCCGUUCUUAAACGAAAACGAUAGUCCAAAAAGUAUUGGCUUGUUGUUUUGUGGCUGUUAUACAAUUUGGGAUGAUGGAUCCUUUGCAACUGCCUCAAGUCAUAAAUCGGUCACAUGAUAGCAGUAUAGUCCACGCUGACAUAGAGGGUAGUGUAAAUAGAGCCACACCGCCCCAUAUCAGUAUUGAAGAAAACAAUUGGGAGUUGUUUAUCGAGGAGGCAAAUCAGUUAGAGUACGAUGAGGAAGAAUUGUUUAUAUCAUCAUUUCCAAGUACACCAACAGUGGAGCAAAUUUCUUAUGAAGAUGAAUUUAUGAUCGACACAACGAUAAAUUCUUCCCUUGAAAAUUUAAUACCAAAUGAACAAUUAUUAAUCGAAGUUCUAUGUGGUAAUCGUGUAAGUCAAAUGACCCGUGCAUAUGAUGAUAUUGAGGCUGUCACACGCCUUCUCGAAGAAAAAGAGAAGGAUUUGGAGUUGACGGUGCAAAUAGGGAAAGAAUUGUUGACGCAGAAUAAUGCAUUAGAAAAUAAAAUAGCCGAUUUAGAAGCUGAAUUAAAAUCAGCUAAUGAGGACCGUUCGCAGUUGCUACAUGAGCUACACAAGAAAAAUGAACUGAUAGCUGUUUUAACAAAUGAUUGUGAGGAUUCUAGUGAUAAUGAUACCCCAACCUUCUCCAAGUCCAUCACUUUGGAUUUAUUACAAAAGAAGAUUGCUUCACUUCAGGAUGAAAACAAGUCACUUAAAUAUGAAGCAUCUCAAUUGGCCUGUCAGACAGAUGAGGUUGAGGCUCAGGAGCGGAGGCUUAUGGACGAUAUAGCAUCACAGCUAAACGACGCCAAUCAGCAGUUCGAAGGACUUAGCUUAGAACUGGAAAGGCAACGUGAGGAGAAUCGUUUGCAGCAUGAACAAAUAGUAAGCUUAACUUCGCGAUUGGCAGAAGCUGAAAUGAAACUUCAUCAACUGACACACGACAACGAUGAACAUAUUACACUUCUAAAUAUUACAAAGGAGAACCAAAAUAGUCUGGCAUUGGAACUGGUUGAAUUCAAGCAAAGAUAUCAAGAGGUCUUGGCUCUUUUGCAAGAAGCACAGGAACAGUUACGAAAACAACGAAAGAAAACUAUGCCUCAAGCUCGUAGUUCCUUCAUGUCUUCAAUUUUGCAGCCGGACUCCUUGCAGUCAGAAUUGAUGGAGUCAUCUCUAUAUUCAGAAAAUAGUCUUGAUUCUGGAAUAUCAGGUGAUAAUCAAAGAAUAAAUGAUCGAAUUGGUCAUUUGAUGUCAAAUCAACCGAACACAUCAUGUGGAGUGGCCUACAAUGGCACAAUGAGUACGGUUUAUGGAGGCGGAGGUUUACUGCAGCCAUACAAGAGAGUAUUUGAUACUGUUCGGUGUGCAACCAAAAGCGGAAACUUUGCUGAUUUGGACAGUACUUCAAUGACACACCUUGGAGCGAUGUCUAUGAGCACAGCAUCAGGCCCACGCAUGUCUACUAUGGCUAUUGGAAGUACAUUAACCUCCUCCAACAACACUUUUGGCGCUGAAAAUAAUGGUAUGGGCGAUAAAACAAUAUCCUGUGAAAGUUUAGCGUCUCAAUCUGAAGAUGGUUAUCCCUUGCAACCAUCAGGAGUUCCUGGAGCUCCCGGCGCAAAGGAACUUGAGGCUGCUUUAAAGAGACUUACUCCAGCAGAAGUACUUGCUCGAAGGGCUAUGCUUUCAUACGCACCUGCUGGUACAUAUAAUUAUGACGAUGUUCAAACUACAACUGCAUUUCCAAUGGGACUGCGCACACCAGACAGCAUUAUGUCGACCGGAUCAUCUGGUAUUUCCUCAUCAACUAACAUGUCAUCCUCUGUACAUCAGUGGCGAUUACCAGAAAAGCUGCAAAUAGUAAAACCUAUUGAAGGUUCACAGACAUUGCAUCAUUGGUCACAGUUGGCUACACCUACCCUGAGUGGUCUUUUGGAAGAAAGACCCGGUGUGACAAUUCGCGGGGGGCGAGGACUUGACGAUUUAGGUAUGCAGGUAUACACUUUGUCAGACGUUGAAGAAGACAUAAGCGAAGAAUUACCUGGCAAGCAGUAUGAAGCGUCUGGAUGUACAUAUACAUUCACGACUAGUAUGGUAAUGCAUCCCGACGAUGGUAUAUCAACAGAUCUUUCAUUUUUAUCACAGUCCCAAGUAUCUUCAAGAACUGCAUCGGCAUCAACGUCUCGACAGCCAAGCUGCCCACCAACACCAAGAGCUGGUCUUUCGCGCAAAAAUUCCUGUUCAACAUUCUCGGUAAAUUUAGGCUUAGCGUCUAUGUUGAAUGAGCGAGGUAUCAAAGCUGUAACUCCAAGCGCCUUAAAUACACCUGCUGGGCCAAACUUUUCGCCAACUGUAACACCCUGCAAUAGUCCUGAGGGGUCUCCUACGCGAUCCAUGUCUCCGGAACCACUAUUUGGACUACUUUCAUCAGGAGCUGAAUUGAUUCGACGCAAACUAGUGGGCGGUGAUAUAGAAAGGCCUAACCGCAAUCAACAGCAAAAGCAGCAAAAAAUUAUGUUAACAAGGCUUGAGAGGCGAGCUUUAAGGUCCCUGCGUCUGGUUGAAAAGGUUGAAAGCAUAGGUUUAGAAAAUAUAAUAACUACACAACCAAACACAAUGUCCCAGUUGGCUAGCGGAAUAGCAAAUCGGAGUGCAAGUCCAAUGGCUCAACUAACAAGCCUUAAAAAUAUCCAUACAAAUUCAAACAAUAUAGUAAGCGAUUUACAUUUCAAUAGAGACCACAUAAAGGAUGUGCUUCAAGGUCUUAAUUCACAAAGCAAUCUUCCACCAUCAUCAAGUUUAAAAGAGACGGCUCCAGUUUCCAAACUAAUAAAUUCUGAACUAAAUAUUCAAAAUAGGGAGGGGAUACCGCCAGCGGAUCAUGAAGUGGAUGCACAAAAAACUAUUGUGAACAGAACAACUUCUGAUGUGGGCAUUUCAAACGUCCGAGCCAAACAAAUGCAACGGCAAAAGUCAAGACGUAAUCUCAAAAACGGCCAAAGACCUGACUUGGGUACCAUUGGCGGACGAGUGCGUACUGAUUUGGGACAUGUGUCUCCUAAACAGUCGGAUCAAUCUACCAGCAGUAUACAUAAGACUUCGUCUAGUUCGAAAAGAAAUUCUACCCCAGAAAAACCAGAAGCUAAAGAAGCUCAGCAAAGUAUUGCACAAUCUUUUGUGGGUACAGUGAGUUCCUUAUUAUUUGGUCGCAAAGGAGGUUGGCUGUAAAUAGCUAAAUCACAAUGUGUAAACACACACAAAAUACGUUUGUUUUUCGGCCUUUUGGCUGCUAAAAAAUAGAUCGAAGCAUCAAAAUCUGUCUAACAGCUUCAUCCCCUAGCCAGUACACUGCUGUAUAGUCCGUUAGACGCGGAGUCAUUUAAAAUAGCAUUUUGAGAUUUACAUUAUACAUUCAAUUGUAUAAGAAAGUUUAACAUAUCUCAAAGCUGAGAUAACAUGCACUUAUUUUUACAAUUUGUUUUAAAUUCGAAGUGUGAACCGCUGUUUAUCAUAGUUGUACUGUGAUUACGUAGUUAGUUAUUCCUGUAAUAAUCGUGUGCCCCAUUUUCAUUCUUUCGUUAAGCAUACGUAGAUACGUAUAAAGAGCGACCGGUGCUACUCCCCAAAAACUUAUGUUAAUUCUUAUUUCUUUUAGUUAUGAUAGCUGUCAAAUUUUAUCCUGCCUGAAAAAUAUGCACUACAACUAUUUUUAACCCCCAAGAAAAUGGAAUGUGAGGAAUGCACAAGCGUGGCAAAAAGCACCGACUAACGUUUUUCUUUACGCUCUCAGUUCAGAUAAUUUUCUUUUCGGUCAUUCUAAAUUUUAGCGUUAAUAAUUUUGCUUCCAAAUUUAUUUAAAGAUGAAGAGACUUGGUCGGUAUUGCUUGCCAACUUCAAUUAAGAACACAGUACAUUGUGCUAAUUAUUAUCUCUUUAAUCAUUUCUAGUCCAGCAUUGUAUAUCCAAACUAUGCGUAUUUUUAAUCUUGUUACUUUUUAACUCAUGUUUCAAAAGAAAUUUUACCGAUAAUAUAUAUUUUUGUAAGGUACAAUACUUGUGUAUAUAAGGUAGUUGAAUACUGAUGGCUGCUUGCGUUUCUUCUUUCAAGUUAAUUGAAACUUGUUUCAAGUCAAGUUUCAAAAAUAUAAUAUGUCAUACCUGUUAACAAAAGUCUAAACUACCUUACUUAAUUUAAGUUGUGCGUUUGCCAAAUGCCUUUCUAUAAAAUUAAACUGACAAAUAAAAAUACCAAUUGAAACGAAGCACCUAUGUUUCUUUUAUCCAAAUUUUAUUUAAGUAUGUAAUAGUUAAAAUUAAGAUCUGAAAACAAAGAUUCUGGCGACCUCUCUCUCUUUCAAUUUACUGACCACAUAGCUAAAACAUCAAUCGAAAUUAUUAUGUAGUUUUUUGUUAUAAACUACAAAACUAUAGUUGAAUUUUGUGAACCUUUUACAUAUUAGUUUGUGAGCUUAAAGUUAAGAUGCGCAAUGCAACAACUGUAAAAACGUGAAGAUACUAUUAUAAUGUGUAGAAAGUCGACAGAAAAGUCGAUAAAGUUUAAAAUUAUUUUUAUGCAAUAAAAUAUUGUUGAAACUAUAAUAA